GAAACACCGGAUGUGUGUGUCCAGUCCUCGGCAGCUUCACGCACCUGGAGCGGCUUCUUCCUCACUUCGACUCACUCUCACUGUAAACCGCAGCCUGUGUGCGCUCACACGGCCAUGGCUCCCGUCCUGUGUCGGAUCCAGUACCUGGAGGAUUCUGACCCGUUCAUCUGCACCAACUUCCCCGAACCUCGCAGACCUCCGACGGUGAACCUGGACGAGAACCUGCCGCUGAGUGAACAUAUCUCCGGGAUCCACGCGCUGCUCGAGGCGCCGCUGAAGUUGGAAGAGUGCACUCUUCAAGUGUCUCCUCAUGGAAAUUAUCUGGACUUGGACUCGUCUCUGUCUGAGCAGAGAGACGAGCUGGAGACAUUUUACCAGGACAUCAGUAAAGGAAAGAAACCCGUCCUGAUCCUGAGGACUCAGCUCUCCGUCCGUGUUCACUCCAUCCUUGAGAAACUCUACAACUGUCACGGUCCAGAGUUGAGACGCUCGCUGUUCUCACUGAAACAGCUGUUCCAGGACGAUAAAGACCUGGUUCCAGAGUUUGUGGCGUCUGAAGGUUUGACGUGUCUCAUUAAAGUCGGAGCUGAGGCCGAUCACAACUAUCAGAACUACAUACUGAGAGCUCUCAGUCAGAUCAUGCUCUUUGUGGACGGAAUGGACGGUGUCAUUAACCACAGUGAGACACUGCAGUGGCUCUACACACUGACAGGAAGUCAGUCUCGUCUGGUGGUGAAAACGUCUCUGAAGCUUCUCAUCGUGUUCGUGGAAUAUUCAGAGUCCAACAGUCCUCUACUCAUCCACGCUGUCAACACGGUGGACACACGCAGAGGUAUGAAGCCCUGGAGUUUUGUCGUCGAUGUUCUGGACGAGAAACACGUCUCAGACUCAGAGCUGCAGGUGUUUGCUAUGACGCUCAUCAACAAGACUCUGUCCGUCCUUCCAGACCAGGACUCCUUCUACGAUGUGACGGACAGUCUGGAGCAGCUCGGCAUGGAGACGAUUAUCCACCGACACAUGAACGAGACCACAGAGAGUGACCUGAGAGCUCAGUUUACCGUCUAUGAGACAUCUCUGAAGUACGAGGAUGGUGAUGUCGAUGACUCCUCCUCCUCCCUCCUCCGUAAAGAAAGAAGAAAAAUCGCUGCUAAUGAUCAAGAGAGUCGAAAGAGUCGCCGCUCAUCGAAUCAAAACCUUCCGGACCUCCUGUCGACCUCCACAGACUCCUCCCCCUCCAACUCAACCACUCCCCCUCCCUUCCUUUCCCCCUCCUCUGACCUCACCACCCUCUCCCCCACCCUCUCCUCUGCCUCCUCCUCCUCCAGCCCCACGGCGACGCUCGACAGCAGAGCUUCUUCUCCAUUAACCCCUGACCCUGGAAGUCCUGCCUCCAGUCCAUCCGGAUCACUGAGAGCGUCUCCACUGCCCCCCCACACCCCCACUAACGGAACCAUGACCAUUGAAAUGGACACGAGGACAACGUCCAGCCCGAGUCGCUCUUUCCUCACUCACCACAUGUCAAGUCUGGGCAGGAAGUCCAGGUUCUUCUCCAAAACCAGCUCUAUCUGUGAAGAGUCUUCAGCUACCAGCAGCUUGCCCUCUGAUCUCUCUCUCCAGGUGAAGUCGUCUGAAAUGAAUCCAGAUCAAUCAAAGGUGGAGACAAAGACAAGUUUCAACUUUGCGGAGGCUGACAGCCUCUACUGCCCAGGUAGUGUGAAUCAGGACAAACCAGUUCUGAAGAAGUUUGAAGACACCUUCCUGCGCAGCCUUGCAGCAACUCAGUGGGAGAAGAAGAGAAGAAGUAAACACUUCAGCCAAUCCAGACUGUCCUCAUCUGAUGACAUCAGCAGCCCUCAGCCCACAGCAGAGGAGGGAGGGGCCAACAGUACUGUGGAGGCGUCACAGAGCACUGCUGCACUGCAGUGCAGCACACUCUCCAACGACAAGAAGUUCCUGAUGGACAUGCUCUACUCCACGACCGCCACGCCCCUGAGCCCAACAGCCACGCCCCUGAGCCCGACAGCCACGCCCCCGAGCCCGAUAGCCACCAUUACCGACACCAGUGAAGCAGAAGGAAGCCUUCAGGCUGGCGGCGGUGGUGAACUGUGUGGUUGGGGUCGUGUGUCAGAGCGUCUGUCCAGCUUUAGAGCGCAUUCUCUAGAACCCUCUGCCUCUGAGGGCAGCGCCUCACGCAGGGCAGAACUGGAAGGGCUAGAAGGCUCCGCCCAGGCAGCACUGGCCCGACUGGCUGAAAACCAACAGCAGCGUUACCUGCGGCAGCAGAGCAGCAUUGACUUGGAGAACCCCGCCCGUCGCUUAGAAACCACCCAGAUGACCCCACUUUGUCCUGGUGGUGGCGCUGAUGCGUGGGAGCAGCUGCAGCCGAGCGCCGCCGCUCUGCGCAUUAAAGACCUGGACUUUUCUGACCUUCUGGAUGAGGAGGACAUCGACGUCCUGGACAUGGACACGCUGGACUCCACCUCCGCUGCCUCAUGCUUUUCUGGCAUUCCUCCUCCUCCCCCUCUUCCUCCUCCUCCUCCAGGCUUGGGCCCCCCCCCUCCGCCUCCUCCUCCUCCAGGCCUGGUUAUGCCUCCUCCCCCACCACCUCCUCCCUUACCCCCAGGUGCUCCACCCCCUUCUUUUUUGGCAGCAGCAGAGUUUCCUCAGAAGAAGAAGAAGACAGUGAAGUUAUUCUGGAAGGAGCUGAAACAGCCCGAUCGACCCAAGAAGUGUCGCUUUGGCCGCGGGACGGUGUGGGCGUCACUGGACAAGGUGGCGGUGGACACUGUCCGCCUCGAACACCUGUUUGAGUCCAAGGCCAAGGAACUCCCUGUUACCAAGAAAGGACCUGAGAUUAAGAAGUCUGAGAUUCUGGUUCUGGACCCAAAGAGAAGCAAUACCAUCAACAUUGGUAUGACUGUUCUGCCCACGGUCCACGUCAUCAAGACCGCCAUCCUCAACUUUGAUGAGUUUGCCAUCAGUAAGGAGGGGAUCGAGAAGAUACUGACCAUGACACCAACAGAUGAGGAGAAGCAGAAGAUCCAGGAGGCGCAGCUCGCCAACCCGGACGUACCUCUGGGUCCGGCAGAGCAGUUCCUGCUCAGUCUGGCCUCCAUCAGUGCCCUGACCCCCCGUCUGCAGCUGUGGGCCUUCAAACUCAACUACGAGACGCUGGAGAAGGAGAUCGCAGAGCCACUGUUUGACCUCAAGCUUGGGAUGGAGCAGCUGGCGUCCAAUCAGACUUUCAGGAGGACGCUCGCCACCCUGCUCGCCAUCGGAAACUUCCUCAACAGUUCCAAUGCUAAAGGCUUUGAACUGAGUUAUCUGGAGAAGGUGGUGGAGGUGAAGGACACUGUCCACCGUCAGUCUCUGCUCCAUCACACCUGCAGCCUGGUCCUGGAAAAUUACCCAGAAUCCUCAGACAUUUACUCUGAGAUUCCCGCCAUCAGCCGCUCAGCAAAGGUGGACUUUGAGUUGCUGUCAGAGAACCUGGUCCAGCUGGAGAGGCGCUGCAAAGCAUCAUGGGACAAUCUGAAGGUGGUUACCAAACACGAGGCAAAGGUGGCGCUGAAGAACAAGAUGACAGAAUUCUUGAAGGACUGUACCCAGAGGAUCAUCAUCCUGAAGGUGGUGCACCGGAGGGUCAUCAACAGGUUCCACUCCUUCCUCCUCUUCCUCGGUCAGCCUUUGUCGUCUGUCAGAGAAAUCAAGGUCACGACCUUUUGUCGCAUCAUUAGCGAGUUUUCUCUAGAGUAUCGUACGAGCAGAGAGAGGGUGGUCACGCAGAAACGUAAACGCGCUGCUCAUCGGGAAAGAACCAAGACCAGAGGAAAGAUGAUCACGGAUACGGAGAAAUUCUCCGGGGCGGUGUCUCUUCUGGAUAGCCCCUCCCUUGUGACCCAGGCAGCUGUGGAGGCGGAGCCUGAUGCGGAAGAGGAGCAUGAGAACAUGAAGAACCUGUUGAUCAGCAGUGAAGUCGGACUGAGACGCUCCAGAGCUGUCCGCAGUCUUGGCCGGGUGAGUCCAUCUCUGAUGUCCGUGGCCAAAGAUGAUGGUUCAAAUUCCCAGGAUGAUGCCACAGAUGAAAUCAUGGAUCGACUCGUCAAAUCUGUUACCCACAAUCCCUCAGUCCGAGCACCAAGCCCCAGGACCCGGAAACGGUCCCGUCUCAACAGGAAGUCAUUGAGGAGGACUCUUAAGUCUGGUCUCAGUGUGGACGUGGUUCAGGCUCUGGGAUUCAACAACAAGACUGAAGACAGAGUCUGAUCACAACUAUCGAGGAGACACAAGGAGACGGACAAUUGACAGCAUUUAUUCUGUCCAGUGUUCAUGUGUCACAGAUGAAUCACUCUCUCUCACUCACUCACUCACACUCAUUCACUCACUGACUCACUCACAGAUUCACACUCAUUCACUCACUCACUCACACAUUAACACACUCACCCUCAUUCACACACUCACUCACUCACACAUUCAUUCACUCACUCACUCACACUCGUUCACUCACACAUUCACACACUCACUCACCCUCAUUCACACACUCACUCACUCACACAUUCAUUCACUCACUCACUCACACUCAUUCACUCACACAUUCACACACUCACUCACCCCUCUGUCCUCUUGUCUUGUGAUCAGUGUGUUUUAAUUUAAUUUUUAAACAGUUGAAUAAAACGUUACAAAUGUU